CAUAGGAAUUUCCCUUUCGUCCAAAACGAUCCGGCAAUACUCCGUCUUUCUUUCUCUCUGAUUACUGUCUUCUCUGUAUCAAUGGCGUUCAGGAAGACUCUAGCUCAGCGCCUCUUAAACAUUACCAAGCCCUCCACCCAAACCCUCGCCAAUUGUCGCGUUUCAUCCUCCUCCGUUGGCCGGACUCGGUUCCCUCCCGAUCGGGUCCAAACCACUAUUGAUCCUGAUCCCGGAGACAACAGCAUUUUUCGCCGCUUCCUUCACAAGCGUGCGGCUUUCCAACCGGAGCUCCGGUCCCUUCCCAUCGGGGAAAACCUGAUGGCGAAGCUGAAAUCCUUGGGCAUUGCCCAGGACCGUAUCCGACUCGACUGCCUGAGCCCUUCUCCGGGGAUAAGUAAGGCGGGGAGUUCGGAAGUGACGGAGGGCCUGACGGUCGAGGACGCGAGGAAGUUGUUGAGGGUAGCUCAGUUGGAUACGGUGAAGGCGAGGCUGAGGGAUAUCCAGAAAACCUGGAUACCUUACUCAGACUUUGUUCGGGUCUGCAGAGAAGGCUGCUCGGAUUCUGAUCAGGGCCUCCGGUUAUCCAAGGUGCUUGAUGAGUCCGGUACCGUUAUCGUCUUGGGAAACAUUGUGAUCAUCAGGCCUGAGCAGGUAGCAAAAGCCAUCCAAAGCCUUAUUCCUCUACCCGGAGCCAAUCCAAACGACCCAAGUCUGGAAAGACAGGAGCUAGAAGAGAUGCAGCGGCAGAAGGCAGCCAUCGACAGAGAGGCUGAUGCCCUGGUGCGCCGGGAACUCUGGUGUGGGCUGGGAUUCCUAAUGGUGCAAACUGCCGGGUUCAUGAGGCUCACAUUUUGGGAGCUUUCAUGGGAUGUCAUGGAGCCCAUUUGCUUCUAUUUGACAUCCAUGUACUGCAUGGCUGGCUAUGCGUUUUUCCUCAGGACCUCCAAAGAGCCCUCUUUUGAAGGGUUCUAUCAUAGCAGGUUUACCGUAAAGCAGAAGCGCCUCAUGGAGUUUCACAAUUUUGACAUUGCAAGGUACAAUGAGCUCCGGAGAGCUUGUUGUCCAAAUUCUUCUUCUUCGUCUUCUUCAGAGUAUGCAGCAUCUUCAGCUGCUUCGAUGUUCGGUAAUGAUGGAAAGAUUCAGUUUGGUGGUCUAAAUCAAUAACUUGGAGAAAUAUGGAAUAAAGUCUUACGCCAACAACACCCCUCCCUUCCCUUCUUUCUCUCUCUUCCUCUCUUACCACAAAUGUGUAACCCAAAAUAUAGAGCGGCUUUCUAUAAACAUAUUGCUGAGUGUUAGUGAUUUUUCCCCUUAAAUUGUCUUUGAAAGCAGACCCCUAAUAUCAUUUUGAAUGAAUUAUACUCAGAUUUCAUAAA